GGUUCUGUCUUUUUGGAGUCCGUAGGACUGUAUGUGUCGAAAGUGGUUUCGAAAUAUUAUUAUAUAGCAUUCAUUGUAGCAUUGGAGCAGAGGAGAGGAGUAGUAGUAGUAAAGGAAGGGGGAUUAAGGAAGCGUCAUUUUUUUGUUGCUUUUGUGUUUUUGUUGUGGUAGUGACUGAGUGAGACAACGUGUAAUUGCAAUUGCUGCAAUGGUGAUGGCUUCGUCGACGCGACAGAUGCUAGUGAAGGGUUUGGACGGGCGGACCUUGUGCUUGCGCUUCGAGGGCGAGGGCGAUGGCGUUGUCUUGGGGGAGAGCGUGGCGCUGCGCGUAAGCCAGCGCACGGGCAUUCCACUGCACUGUAUGCGCUUGGUGACGGGAACGUCGGUCGUGGAUCGCGAUACUUCGCUGUCCGCGUCGGUGGACGGGAGCUUUCCUUCGUGUACAUUGCUGCUGCGCUUGCCUGGAGGGAAGGGAGGGUUUGGUUCUCUGCUGCGUGGGGCGGCUACCAAGGCUGGCCAGAAGAAGACAAGUAAUUUUGAUGCUUGUCGGGAUAUGAGUGGCCGCCGAUUGCGUCAUGUGAACGCUGAGAAGAAACUGAGGGAGUGGAAGGCGGAGUCGGGGGAACGAGAGCUUGAGAAAGCUGCGGAGGAGUUUCUGAAGAAGGCUACGAAGGCUAAGGAGGAGGACAAUGGUGCGAUUGAGGAGCUUGAAAAGUUUAGAGCCGAGACGUCACACGCCAUGGAGGAAGUGGAGUUAGCCGUGGCCUCGGGGCUAGUCGAGGCUGACAAGUUAAACACCAAUAGCAAGCGCAAGGUGGAAGAGGAAGCAGCUGCGAUGGAAAAACGUGCUCGCUUAUGGAUGGGAGAUGAAGAUGACAGUGAAGAUGAUAGUGAAGAUGAUACUGAUGAGGAGAGUCUAGAUGGAGAGACAACUCGUAAUUUACCAACCGAGGGUGCUUGACUCGGCUGUGGUGUUGAUUAUAGCUAUGAAAUGUGAGUCAAGAUAACGGGGUUAUAGCUACAGAGUUGAUAGUUGUACAAAUUAAGUAAUACUAAAAAUAAUAAAAUAGGUUUAUCUUUUGUAUUUUUAGGAAAUAAUGUGCAUUAGUCUGGAGACUUUUUAAUGAAUUUUUACAUCAAUAUUUUCAUGCU